GAUAUAUCAGAUGCCGGCGACCCCGGCAGCUAGUGCCUUCAUCCGCCUUCCGCAUCCAGCACUCAAUGUGUCAUCGUCCGGUGUUUUCGCCACUAUGGCGGAAUAUUCUCACCGAGAUCAUCAUCCUACCCCCAGGAACGGAUCUCACCACCGUGCCCUGGGCCUACUGCUGACGUUAUGUCAGAUGUUAGGUGUGGUGUCCUGCAUGUAUGCAGGCCCAUCUCCGCAUUCAAUUUGAGUUGGGUUGCCUGGAGGAUUAAGCACCUCGGAGCCUUCUGUCAACCUCAUCUACCAGGUUUCACCCUGCCUUCCUUCUCCGCGUUGACAUACUUGGCGAUGAUCUUUUCAGACUUCACAGCACUGCCUCCUCUCCACUGAUCGUCCACCUCGGCAAUGGCUGCAAAGAACGUCAACCUCGUACAGCUUGCGCAUGGCAAUGCGUCAUCGACGCCGCUGGUCCUUCUCCACGAUGGCGGUGGAACAGUGUUGAGUUACCAGGCGCUGGGCCCUCUGGAUCGAGAUGUCUACGGCAUCUCGGACCCAAGGUUCGACAUUGGUCGACCUUGGGAUGGAGGCAUUCCGGAAAUGGCACGAGUCUAUGCCGAGAUGAUCAAGACGAGGAUCCCGCAUAAAAGUAUUCUAAUUGGAGGCUGGUCCUUCGGAGGCUUCCUCGCCCUUGAAAUCGCCCAUCUCGUGGCUCAAUCCAACGAUGACUCCCUUCACAUUGCUGGUCUCAUCUUCAUCGACACUCCUUAUCCCAAAGUUAUGGAAAACACAAACGUUCGCUUGGCCAUCAAUAGCCAUCUCCCUGACCUUGUUGGUGUUAAGCCGCAGCUUCGCCGCAAGAUCCAUUCAUCUAUCAAGAAUGCCCGCAGCAUGCUCGCCGCCUGGCAGCCUCCCAAAUGGGAUCCCGCGAGCGAGUGUGGUGAUUUGGGCAUGAAAAACCCUCCUCCCACAAUCCUUCUGCGCGCUUCCAGCGCCCUGACUAGUCGAAAGAAUGAGCCUGUCGCUGUGGUCGACGUUUUCCGCCAUGACCCGAAGCUCGGCUGGAAUGAGUACGAAACCGCUUUCAUUCAGGUUGUCUGGGACAUCCCCGGCAACCACCACAGCAUUUUCGGUGCUCCCAACGUUGGACAGGUUACUGCGAGACUCGGCAACGCGUGUUCCUAUUUGUGUCGUGCGGUGACUGUUUGAUUAGCAUUGAUAGUUUUUAUGCAUAUUUGGAGGCGGUCAUUGAUAAGAGCUGUUCGAAUUUGUUCAUUUUUGAUUGCAUGGAAUUCGGGUUUUAGGUGUACGGGCAUCUUCGUUUUUACUCAGCAUUAGCUCUAUAGCAUAAAAUUCUUACGUAGCUUAUAUUUAAG